CUUGUUCUUCCCAGAGGUGCCACACUGGAGACUCUUUCAGGGUCAGUAACAUCACUGUUACUGUAUUUACAUAUGGAAUACGUCACGGAGACAGUGCCAGGCUCUGCCGUGUGGGCAGGAUGCUCUCAGUAUUUUGCCAGGUUGUCGAAGGGGGAGAACUAGGUUAUAAGAACUUGCGUGGCCGUAUUUGCUGUUGUUUUAUAAUCUCUGGAUUUUGGCCAUUGAUGGGAUAACACGAGGCCUGGGGCAGCUCCUUGUAUGGAAUGAAAAGAGAUAAAAACCAAUCCUCUAAUAAGAGAAACAGGCAGGCUUAGCAGCCAAUGGUUUCCCUUGUCUGUCCCGGUAGUUGAAAGAAACUCUCCCCCAAACGCUCCCCGACUCCGCCUUCCCCUUAGAUGUACGUCAGAGCACGACCACGGUCAUCUCGCGACCUACUCAAGAUGGCUACAGACACACUUCCGGCGCCUUCCCCAAUUAGAUUCGCUUUCAUUGCGUCUAUUAACUGAGCCGAAGGCGGGCCCUAGAGCUAGGCUUUGAUUGGUCAAGUCGACUGGCGACAAUUCCCAUGGUGCCUUGAGCACGAGCUGCGAGGAAUCUGGGCAAGAUGGCGGACGUGCUGGAUCUUCACGAAGCGGGAGGCGAGGAUUUCGCCAUGGACGAGGAUGGGGACGAGAGCAUCCACAAACUGAAAGAAAAAGCGAAGAAACGGAAGGGCCGUGGCUUUGGUUCGGAAGAGGGGUCCCGAGCGCGGAUGCGAGAGGACUACGACAGCGUGGAGCAGGACGGCGACGAGCCCGGGCCACAGCGCUCUGUUGAAGGCUGGAUCCUCUUUGUCACCGGAGUCCAUGAGGAAGCCACAGAGGAAGAUAUCCACGACAAGUUCGCGGAGUAUGGGGAAAUCAAAAACAUCCACUUAAACCUGGAUAGGCGAACGGGCUACCUGAAGGGAUAUACCCUGGUGGAGUACGAGACCUACAAGGAGGCACAGGCUGCCAUGGAGGGGCUCAAUGGCCAGGACUUGAUGGGGCAGCCCAUCAGCGUGGACUGGUGCUUUGUCCGGGGCCCUCCCAAGGGCAAGCGGAGAGGUGGCCGAAGACGCAGCAGAAGUCCAGACCGGAGACGUCGCUGAGAAGCCCUCUAGGUUCCCUGGGGUCCUGCUGCACAUGUCAUUUGACACUGCAGCCUUGGAGAAAUGGUCUGGGGUGGAACUUGGUUUGCUUAUAUUUAAUGUUUUCCUAUUUGCUUAGCCGUUUUUUUUUGAAUUACGAAUAAAUGUCCCAUUUUUGUUUUCUA